CAUAAGUACCGAAAUUCUCAGGAUGUUUCUGCCUGGCUUUAUUACUGGCCAGUUAUGUACACCAUUCUACAGGAAAUGGAUUACUUAAUACACGACAAACUACCCUCUCCACUUCUUGAUUCAGACAGGAAAUUACUUAACUGGUUGUCCCUUUAA